ACUUCAUAUCAACCCUUGAAACAAAAACUCUCUCGUCACACAUUCGUUUCGACUCUCUUCGUUGUGUUGUGUAUUUAUAUACACACACAACACGCACUUCUAUUUUAUAAAUAUUUUCUAAAAACUUCAGCGAUGAAUUUAUCUACGAGAAUAUCAUCGAGGGAUAAGAAGUCCAAUCUUUAUUACAUAACCCUAGUGGCGGUCCUCUGCAUCGGAAGCUACCUCCUCGGCGUCUGGCAAAACACCACGGUGAAUCCACGCGCCGCCUUUGACACAUCAACCGAUGCACCACCGUGCGAGAAAUUCUCCAAAACAACUUCCACGACGGAUCUCGACUUCAACGCGCACCACAACCCUCACGAUCCACCUCCGUCGGCGGUAACCGCCGUGAGUUUCCCGUCGUGCGACGCCGCGCUGAGCGAGCACACGCCGUGCGAGGACGCGAAGCGAUCGCUGAAGUUCUCUCGGGAGAGGCUGGAGUACAGGCAGAGGCACUGUCCCGACAGAGAGGAAGCGCUGAAGUGUCGUAUUCCGGCGCCGUACGGUUACAAGACGCCGUUCCGGUGGCCGGAGAGCCGCGACGUCGCGUGGUUUGCUAAUGUGCCUCACACGGAGCUUACGGUUGAGAAGAAGAAUCAGAACUGGGUCCGGUACGAGAAUGAUCGGUUUUGGUUUCCUGGUGGCGGUACGAUGUUUCCACGUGGCGCUGAUGCGUAUAUUGAUGAUAUCGGACGGUUGAUUGAUCUCAGCGACGGUUCGAUACGUACCGCUAUCGAUACCGGUUGUGGGGUGGCUAGCUUUGGUGCAUAUCUUUUAUCAAGAAACAUCACAACCAUGUCGUUUGCUCCAAGGGAUACACAUGAAGCUCAGGUUCAGUUUGCACUUGAGCGUGGCGUGCCGGCAAUGAUCGGAAUCAUGGCCACAAUCCGCUUACCGUACCCUUCUAGAGCCUUUGACUUAGCACAUUGCUCUCGUUGCCUUAUCCCUUGGGGGAAAAACGAUGGGGUUUACUUGAUGGAGGUGGACAGGGUUUUAAGACCAGGAGGGUACUGGAUACUGUCUGGACCACCGAUUAAUUGGCAGAAAAGAUGGAAAGGAUGGGAAAGGACGAUGGAUGAUUUAAAUGAAGAGCAGACACAGAUCGAGCAAGUCGCGAGAAGCUUGUGUUGGAAGAAAGUUGUUCAGAGAGAUGAUCUAGCUAUCUGGCAAAAGCCUUUUAACCACAUUCACUGUAAAAAAAUGAGACAAGUUUUGAAGAAUCCGGAGUUUUGUCGCUAUGAUCAAGAUCCCGACAUGGCUUGGUAUACGAAGAUGGAUUCUUGUUUGACGCCAUUACCUGAAGUUGAUGAGUCGGAGGAUCUAAAGACGGUGGCUGGAGGGAAGGUGGAGAAGUGGCCGGCUAGGUUAAACGCGGUUCCUCCUAGGGUAAACAACGGUGAUCUCAAGGAAAUAACGCCAGAAGCUUUCUUGGAGGACACGGAACUGUGGAAGCAGAGAGUUUCUUAUUACAAGAAAUUAGAUUAUCAGUUAGGUGAAACUGGGAGAUACAGAAAUUUACUCGACAUGAACGCUUACCUCGGUGGAUUCGCGGCGGCUCUAGCUGAUGAGCCGGUUUGGGUCAUGAACGUUGUCCCGGUCGAGGCGAAGCACAAUACUCUAGGUGUCAUUUACGAGCGUGGUCUAAUAGGAACGUAUCAAAACUGGUGUGAAGCGAUGUCGACGUAUCCAAGGACGUAUGAUUUUAUCCAUGCUGACUCGGUUUUCACGUUGUACCAAGAUAAGUGUGAACCGGAGGAUAUAUUGUUGGAGAUGGACCGGGUUCUUAGACCGGGUGGUGGUGUGAUUAUAAGAGACGACGUCGACGUUUUGAUUAAGGUUAAGGAAUUAAGCAAAGGGUUUCAAUGGCAAGGUAGAAUUGCUGACCACGAGAAGGGUCCUCAUGAGAGAGUGAAGAUUUACUAUGCGGUGAAACAGUAUUGGACUGUCCCAGCACCUGAGGAAGAUAAAAACAAUACUAAAGCACUCUCAUGAUUUGAGUUUUCUCUUCUUCUUUUCAGUUUCUUAUAAUGUUAUCUUUUUGUUUUUGAUUUUUUUUUUCAAAAAAAACAAUAAAUUCGCAAUGAUUGUUUUCACAUUCUUAACAAAUGAAAUAAACAAAAGAAAAAAGUUGACUA